GACAGGCAGUUAAUCGAGCAAUUAUCCAAGCUUUCUCAAUUAAUGCACUAAUUAAGAUCGAUUUGCCAUACAAAAUUUCAAUUAUUAAUUGCUCGAUUGGUAAUUAAUUGAAUGUUUAAUCUAGUAAAAACUCCAAUGCAACUCUGUUAGGUAAGUUCGUUUUCUUAGUUUUGGUGUGUUCAGUGUUAAAUGACAAUCAGCUGUUUGACAUAAUUUUAUUAUUUUCUUUUUGGAACCAGCAAACAUCAAAAACCAAAAAAAUUGUAUUUCAACUGCAGGAUGCAGAACAAUCUGAAUGUUCGAUUAGCUCCAAAACCAAGAAAGAGGAGACUGGCUUGGGCUGAGGAUGGCGAAGUGGCCAUUCUUGAUUUGUGGGAAGAGCGCGUUGCUGAUCUCCGCGGUGCACGGAAGAAUGGCCACAUCUACGCGGAGAUGGCGAACGAGCUGGCAAAGUUGGGCCACAACUACAGCGCCCGGGAUGUGCAGGUGAAGUUGGCGAACUUCACGCAACGCUACAGAAAAGAGAAAUUGGCUAUGGGACCUUCUGGUGGAUCACCCUCAACGUGGCCUUUAUACGCAAGGGUGCACCAGAUAAUCGGUGGAUUUAAGGCCAAUAUGUUUUGCGAGCUGACGCUUGAAAACAUCAGCGAAUCCGAUAUAGCAUCCCAGCCAUCACCACUGACCCCAAUAUUGCCGUCAUCACUCAGCCCAACAUUUUCCUCACCACUGGCAUCACCUCUUCCUGCUGUGCCAACCACACCGCUGCCUACACCGUCACCGCCGCUGUCAUCACCUCUCACUCCUCUGCCAACCACACCGCUCCCCACACCGUCACCGCCGCUAUCAUCGCCGUCGUCACCAAUGCCUAGCAGCUCAGCUUCUGCGGUUGAGCCUAAAAGAAGGAAAGUAAUCGGCACUUUACAAAAGAAAGUAUUAGAUAAAUUUGAUGGGUUGUCAGCGGAGAUAAGCCAACAUAUACAGAGGAGUGAGGAAAAUGAAAAAGAGUGGAUGAAGAUAGAGAAAGACAAAGCUGACACACUGAGGGAGAUAGCGAAUGAUAACAAAGAAUUAAAAGUUGGCAUUUUAUCAUUUUUAAAUAGAAAUUAAUAACACUGUACAGCACUCGGCUGGGUAUUGGACCAAACCAACUUUUUUAAAGAGAUUGAGCCAUAAGUAAAAAAAAGUUAGUUCUCCGUUUUAUUAUAUAUUCCGUUUCAUCCGUUUUAUUAUAUAUUACAGGUGCUAUAACGGGUCAAAGUCAGAUGUUCGAAAAAUGAAAAACUUAAUAUUUCAGACAAUUUUGAACCGAUUUUAAAAGGAUUCACAUCGUUGUAAAAGUUAUUAAAUCCGCUUUCUUUCGAUAUGCAUAUUUGUAUACUUCGUAUAUAAAAUUUUUAGAAAAAACACAUU